ACUUUGGCAGAAUUUUGGACGGUAUUUGGGGAGAAUUGUCAAUAAUAAUAUAUGACCUUAUUCAGUCUAAUCUCGAUAAACGCCGACCGCCAUCUUUUUUUCAAAACUUGAGGGAAACUCUCCGCACUAUGAUAUCUUGCUUUAAAAUUGGAGAAGCAAAAACAUCUGAUGUUAAAAUUUUAUCAGAGAUUGAAAAUCGGUAUAGAAAUCAAAAAGAACAAUCCACAGCACAUUUCGGGCAACUUACAAUUACCGGACAAUUUACAGAUUCUGGAUUAUUACUCAAAAUAUUAAAUGCUCGCAGCUUGGUUUCUGUGGAUAAAACCGGAUUAUGUGAUUCAUUCGUUAAAGUCUACAUGAUGCCCACUGGUCGAUUUAAUGGCUUUGCACCAGUAAAAACGGCCGUUCAUAAUAAAAAUUGCUUUCCACUCUAUGACGAACAGUUUAACUUCAAUUUGAACUCGGAUCAACGCCUGAUGGAAGAUAGCCUGAUUUUAUUUAGUGUUAAGGAUAAAGAUUUAUUUGGAAUGACAAGUCAAUAUAUAGCAGAAUGUUAUAUAACGUUUGCAGAUCUCAUAGCAUCUAAAGGCGAGCAAAUUAUUAUGAGUCUAUCUAGACCAGAGUAUACAGAUUCCAUGGCAUUGCGCGCUCUGGAGCAUAGACAAGGUGAUAAGCAAGCAAAGGAUUUUUUGAAAAAGUUAAAGAGCAAAUCAAAUUAUUAAUUCUCGAUACCGACGAAUGUCUAGUCAACGACUUGUUAUUUACAAAUGUUAUUAUGGUAUUAUUUAUGUAUUCUGGCAUACUUGAUUAUAAAGUCCAUUUUAACUAGACAUGCGCAUUUAUAAAAAUAUAUUUUGAAACAAUAUU